UUCCAGCACUUGGUACCUGGAGGAGUUUUGAGAAAGAAUUCAGAAGACUCAGGAUGUGGAACCUAGGGGAAGAUUUGUUAGGCUUGCCUUCUCGCCCGGGAAGCGUCUCCUACAUCAACAUCAUCAUGCCCUCAGUGUUCGGCACCAUCUGCCUCCUGGGCAUUGUGGGAAAUUCCACUGUUAUCUUCGCGGUGGUGAAGAAGUCCAAGCUCCACUGGUGCAGCAAUGUCCCCGACAUCUUCAUCAUCAACCUCUCCGUGGUGGACCUACUCUUCCUCCUGGGCAUGCCCUUUAUGAUCCACCAGCUCAUGGGCAACGGCGUGUGGCACUUUGGGGAGACUAUGUGCACCCUCAUCACCGCGAUGGAUGCCAACAGUCAAUUCACCAGCACGUACAUCCUGACCGCCAUGGCCAUUGACCGAUACCUGGCCACGGUCCACCCCAUCUCUUCCACCAAGUUCCGGAAGCCUUCCGUGGCCACCUUGGUCAUCUGCCUCCUGUGGGCCCUCUCUUUUAUCAGCAUCACCCCCGUGUGGCUCUAUGCCAGGCUCAUCCCCUUCCCGGGGGGCACUGUGGGCUGUGGCAUCCGUCUGCCCAACCCCGACACUGACCUCUACUGGUUCACGCUGUACCAGUUCUUCCUGGCCUUCGCCCUGCCCUUCGUGGUCAUCACGGCCGCCUACGUGAGGAUCCUGCAGCGCAUGACGUCCUCCGUGGCCCCCGCCUCCCAGCGCAGCAUCCGGCUGCGGACCAAGCGGGUGACCCGCACGGCCAUCGCCAUCUGCCUUGUCUUCUUCGUGUGCUGGGCACCCUACUACGUGCUGCAGCUCACCCAGCUGUCCAUCAGCCGGCCCACCCUCACGUUUGUCUACCUGUACAACGCGGCCAUCAGCUUGGGCUACGCCAACAGCUGCCUUAACCCCUUCGUGUACAUCGUGCUCUGCGAGACUUUCCGCAAACGCCUGGUCCUGUCAGUGAAGCCUGCGGCCCAGGGGCAGCCCCGCACGGUCAGUAACGCUCACACGGCUGAUGAGGACAGGACAGAAAGCAAAGGCACCUGACGCUUCCCCUGCCACCGGGUCGUCUCCAAGUCAGCUCAUGCAUC